ACGGAAGUUUGUGAAAUUGGGCUGGUGCGGAGAUCGUACUAGCGCUCGCUGAAGUUACGUGAACGGCCUCGCGAAAUAUAACGAAAUAGAAACAUAAGCCGAUCAAUGCGUUGACCACUGAUUGAUGGAAGGGAGCGUUCGGUGGCUCACGUCAAUGUAAGCGCUGUUACGAAGCGGAUCUCGAUCAGAGGACGAAGACGCCGCCGGCCGCGAACCUCACGAUGGGAUACUUUUCGAAGCGAAACAUAUUUAUCUACUGCUGCAUUUCGGCGUGCCUAUCACUGCUGACUUACCUGGUGGCGUUCUCUUGCGAAAUCUCCUGGAUACUGGAAGCCCGGGGUGACCUGCCCAUACCGGCCUAUCUGCUGUGUGCCGAGUUCUUCAUUCUCUUCAUAUCCUCAGCAAUCUUAAUACAUGGCCUGUCGACGGGCAUAUCGUGGGGUCUGCUCAGCUGGUCGAUAAUUAUCGGAGUUCUGUCCGUACCGGAACUUGCACUAGUCAUGUACAUGACCAUACAGUAUUGGGGUCUACAGUCGGCGCACGGGCUAACGGAAUUAAUUGGAUAUUUAAUACGUUUAAUAGUCAACUGUCUAGCACUGCUGUGCGUUAUUCCGACUGCUUUAAGAUGGCGACAGGAGAAGAAAGUAUUAUCGCAGCUAGAAUCGCUGGCCUCGAGACUGCAGCUGACGACACCGACUCCGACGACUCCGUUCAACACCACCAACGGAAUGAACUCGCUGCGGGCGAGCAAGCGAAGCCACCAGGGGCCAGUGGCCAGCCGACGGCCAUCGACCGGCUUCGACAACCCGGGUUACGUGCCCCACGAGAACAACUCACUUGACAUCGUGCAGCAGUACACGGCUUACAACAAUCUGUACGGCUCGCAGAGUGAAUUCAACGCGAGCAUCUUCGGCCUCAACCCUUCGCAGUACAUCGGGCCACCGCCUCCGCCGAUAGUGAACGAGUGCAAGAAGACCCAGUCCCUGCUCGAUCUGCGUUUCAUCUUUCCGCCCAAGUUCUUGUCCACGCAUGCCACUAUCAGCGAGAAGAAAUCCAAAGAAUCUACCCCAACGGACGAGCUGGACAGUGUGUUGAACAACAAUCUGAAGAACCAAAUUCACAACAAACUCCACGAGCUCCCGGAGAACGGAACCCUGCGCCGCCAAUCUGUUUCUGGCGGUCGGGAGAAGGACGUCAAUGCGAGCGCCGAUCAGUCGGGGACGAUCGCAGUGCCCGGUGAUGGUGGCCCGGUUUCCGCGGCGAACGAUCCGAUUUACUACACAAUCGAAUCGACGAAGAAUAACAAAAUUCUUGGCCGAAACUGCGUCUCCUUGGAGAACCUGGGCAAUAUCACGUUCUCGGAGUCCCCGCUGCCGGUGAAAAAGCAUGACCUACCGUACCACCGGUACGGGCCAAAUCUGCUCAAGAACUACGCCAUGAACCCUUGGAAUGUGCUGGCAUACAAUCCGGCGUACAGUGCCUACCCACCGGCGUACUAUCACUACCACAUGAUGAAUCCAUACCAUCUGUACCAGAUACACCAGCAGCACGCUGGUAACUAUCCGGCUGUCAAUGGUCCUAUUCCAACUGGAGGUUACUUUUCCGCAGCGGGUCAUCCGCACGCGGCAAUGCACGGUGGUCCGGGAGGUUACGGAAAGACUCAUUCUCAUCUGUCUAGUUACGGAUACGGCAACAACCUAUAUCUGAACCCAGCCACAGACAGCCGGCAGUCGCUCGGUAACGAGUCGGACGACUUUCGGAAGUAUCGCGACGUGGCACUUUAGUCCAUCCACCAUCCAAGGCACGUGAGCAAGAAUCGGUAACCACAGCCAAACCAAGGGACAUGCAAAGUGUAGUAUUAGGUUAGCAAGUAGAGAUAGCUUUCCGGUGCGGGGCAGACUAUUAAGUGGCUCAAUGUACUGAAAAUACUCGAUAUCGAUGGAACGGAAAACGGCGUUUGCGGAGUGCAACGCGAACGAAACAUCCACAAAUCAACGGUAGUGCGACAAAGUUACCUCAAGCAAUUAAGAGGAUUGUGUUCGAACUGAGCGAGGUUAGCGCUAAACUAACAUCUACGAAUGAACAACGGGAGGGAAGUAACUUUUUCUGUAUAGAAAUCUUACGAGA